UUCUCCAAAUUCCAAAACACUCACUACAGUACUAAACUCAAAAUUUCAAGAACUCCAUUUUUCCUACAAAUUCCAAAGCUUUUCUUUGAUCAAAAUUUCAAGAAAUCCACAAACCCACCAUUUUUUCUCCACUGUUUCAACAAUGACAAAUAUACCCAUUGAAGAAACUGUGGACAUAGCAAAAAAAUGUUGGUUAAAGUUUAAAAAAAGAGAGGAUAUUUGCUCUUUAUACACCUUUCAUUGUUUGUUUAGCUUCUGAAACUUUAAAACUUGAAAGUUUCCAUCAUUUUAUAGCUCAAGAUUCUUACUACCUCAAAGCAUUUGCUAAAGCGUUUGUGGAAGGUUAAGAAAAAAACAAAAAUGUUUUGCAGGUAUGAAGCUGCAGAAGAGAGUACUGAUGAUGAUGAUGCAAAGGUCGGCCUCAGUGAAAUGCGGAAGAAUGCCAUUGAAGCACUCAAGAAUCAUGAUACGGUUAUUCAACAGUGGGACUCCGAUAUGGUCAAGCAGUGCGCUGUCAACCCAGGAACAGUCAAGUACACAGGUUUCUUACUGGCUACAACAUCAGACAAGGUUGAAAGAGUAAAAGCUGCUAAUUCACUUGCAACACCGUUUGAGAGAACUAAGUUGGCAGAUUAUAUUCUUGGUGCUAUGGUUCCUUGUGUUAGGCUUUAUGCCGACCUUGGUAAAGAGCUGUUGCCGUUUCUUGAUCAGGGCGAAACAACUUAUCCAUAUAAGAGUAUAGUUGACAGUUAUGGUUCUCAAGGUUUCGAAGAAUUGGCUCUGCAAAAUGAGGAGUGGUUGGAUAAACUAAGCGUCACUUUUACAAGCGAGGAGCUCGACAUUAUUGAGAAGCUUUAUGAAAAAGCAAUGAAACUUGUAUUGGGGUUCCCGUUAGCGCAGCCACUUGAUCAGAAAUCUGUCAUCCCUAUUAUAUCGAGAGAGCACAAUCCUGCUGAAUACCGGCUUGUGAUAUUCUUUAAUUUCGAUCAGACAUGCACGGUUGUUAAUUCUUCAGCCAUCUUGGCAGAAAUGGCAAUUAUAUCAGCACCAAAAUCUGAUGAAAAUAUUGGCACGGUUGUUCGAAUGCUGUCAGCAGAUCUGAGAAGUACAUGGGGAGAUCUUUCUAAGCAGUAUACUGAAGAAUACGAGCAAUGCAUAGACACGAUGUUGCUCACUGAAAAGGCCGAAAAUUUUGAUUACGAAAGGCUGCAUAAAGUGCUUGAGCAGCUUUCGGAUUUUGAGAAAAGAGCUAACACGAGGGUGAGUAAAUCUGGGGUAUUGAAAGGUUUGAAACUUGAAGACAUAAAGCGAGCCGGGGAACUGAUGCUUCUCCAGGAUGGUUAUAAAAGCUUUCUCCAGAGCAUAAUACAAAAUGAACAGUUGAAUGCAGACAUUCAUGUGCUCUCCUAUUGUUGGUGUGGUGACCUUAUUAGAUCUGCCUUUUCAUCAGGUGGUCUUGAUGUUCUGAAUGUGCAUGCAAAUGAGUUUAUACAUGAAGAAAAUCUAUCCACUGGUGAAAUUGUUAAGAAAGUCGAAACCCCCAUCGACAAACUUCAAGCCUGCAGGAAAAUUUUGAAUAACUACAACAAUGACAAAAAUAAUCUGACAGUUCAGGUUGGGGAUUCCCCAAAUGAUUUGCUUUGCUUGCUGCAAGCAGAUAUCAGCAUUGUGCUUAAUCCAAGCACAAGUCUGAAGAGAGUCAGGGAUUAUUUUGGUGUUUCUUUUAUUCCGUUGUUUCCUGGUAUUGUUGAGAAACAGAAGAUUUUUGCUGCGGGAGAAGAAUCAUCUUGUUGGAACGGACUCUCUGGUGUUCUCUAUACCAUUUCUAGCUGGGCUGAGAUUCAUGCGGUCAUGUUGGGGUCGUAGAAGAACCUUUUUUCAACUCACAGGUUCGUAGGACUUCGUACAGAAAUUCAUACAUAGUCUCAUACAUACAAGGCCAUCUCUUCAGAAGUGUAAAUCUUGAUUCAUUGAAUCUUCGCAAGGAAGUUGGUGUUCAACAAUAUUAUACAUGGUUGUUACAGAUUCUUGCUGUUCAGUUUUUAGCUUUGAAUGGCACAGUACAAGAAAAGGCAGUGAUUGAAUUGUAUUACUAGGCGAAAAUUUGUUGCCGCAUGGCUUGUUUUUGGUUCUGCAGCUAUUAUGAACAAGUACUAUUUUUUACUGCAUAAGACGAUAAAAAUAUUCAAUCA